AUGUUAGCUUUAGAGAAGACGCGUCUCUCUCACUGUAUCUGGGAGGGGAAGUGGGGAGGUCUUGGUCCGUGGGGAUGCUCCAUACCUAUGUGUCUAGGUCUUCCCCGCUACUUCCCCCCCCCCAAGACUGCCUCGUGUGGCGUGCGGGUGUCUGUGUGUAGCGCGCCAAGCUGGUUCAUCACAUUUCCUUUGGCACCGUCAAGCAUCACCAGAGAGGCACGAGUACGUAAGAUAAUCAAGGAGUUCCUGAGAUUAGAACCACAAGCGGAUGAACCAGACCCAAGAGUAGCAGUUUUGAAAGGGCUGGAGAAAUAUAGGCUCCCAAUAAUUGCCAUUCUCAGAAAAAGAAAAGCAGUUCCUCUGUAUAUGGAAACCUUACUUGAACUCUAUGACCACGAUGAAAGUCAAUACAGAUUCUUCACUGACCGUCGGCUUCCCUCCCACAAGGACACGAAGAAGGACACGAGGAGGGCGAACAACUCUUCUCCUUCAAGCGGGGAAGUGAGGCAGAAGGCACCGAGCAGCGGAUAUGACGCCCCAUCACGCAGCCAGGUAAUGGGGCCGCUGGUCGAGCACAGGUGAGCCAGGCGUUAACUUCCCUAAUUAUCGAGUUGAACCGUGAGGAGCCGGACUGACGCAGCGACGGACAGAGGGUCGUUCAUGGACUGAAAUACGAUCCGCAUCCAUCCCUCCUCGUGGAUUGUCCUUCCCGCCAGUCCCUCCUUCCACGCCUUCCACUUUUUACUCAAUGCUCCAUCGCAACCAGUGUUUGGUUUUGUUUUUUUUCGCAGGUUUUUUUGUUUUUUUCUUUGCUUUUUUUCCUGUGAGUUUCGUAAUUUGAAGAUUCCGUGAUAGAGACCGAUUUGGCAAUAAGCUUUUACUACUACUACUACUACUACUACUACUACUACUACUAC